AGAUGACAAGUUCUCCAGAGAAGAUAAAUACAGUGCAAGAAGCUGUCACUGAAGUGCAGGAUGAUAAAGAUGAUUACCUAGAAAGAAAUAAUGAGUUUGAAUGUGACCUGCAUGAGAAGCUCAUGGACUUUCCUGAAGACUUCAACCAGCUCGAACUAUUGAAGACCCAUGGACAUCUAAUUCCCACUGGGACGCAGAGCCUCUGGCCUGAAGAGUCUGAUGAAGAAACGGAAGAAAAACCAGAAGAAUGGUAUCAAAUGCAGGAGAAGGAACUGGAAGACAACCCCCCAGAAUUGCUCCUUUUUGCAGCGGAAAACAACAGAGUAGGCAGAGCAAUCCUGUUGAAAAUAUAUUGAUACCUGUCAUCAAGAUUUUGUAGAUAUCAAGUUCUAUUUUUACCUGGGGCGGGGGGGGGGGUGGUAUAUUUCUAUAUCAUUAUCUUUUUACACUAAGGCAAUGAAGGUUACCGUUAGUGUAACUGUUCAGGUAGUUUGUGAAUUGCUCCAGAGAACACAACAAUUUGGUUCAGUUUUAUAGAUGGUGCUUUAAUCGUUAAUUUCUACAUUUAGCCAUUGUCACAUGAGUUUUAUAUUGACAGACAGCCAUUAGAGGUGGAGCAUGUUAUGUUUAGCAACAGAAAUUAACUAAGACAUUUCCUUCUUGCAGCUCAACACAGUUCAGCAAAUUCUGUCCACUAAGCCAGAUCUAGUGAACACCAUUGAUGAAGACCACUACACCCCACUCCACAGAGCAUCCUACAACGGUCACCUUAACAUAGUGCGGGAGCUGAUUGCCAGAGGGGCUAAUGUGCAUGCUGUUACAGUAGAUGGAUGGACCCCUCUGCACAGUGCGUGCAAGUGGAACAACACUCCAGUAGCCUCAUUUUUACUUCAACAUGGGGCAGACAUCAAUGCCCAAACUCAAGGCUUACUGACCCCACUACACCUUGCUUCGGGGAACCGAGACAGCCGUCAGAUUCUAGAACUUUUGUUGAUGAAUCGCUACAUCAAACCAAACUUGAAAAAUAAAGUCGGCGAAACUGCUUAUGAGAUCGCCAGGCGGACUGAUGUAUAUCACUACCUCUUCGAAAUUGCUGAUUAUUUGAUUCAACCUUCAUCAGAAACAUAA